CAUCGCAACCGCAAGCCAUGACAUGACCACAAAUUGCAUCUCUCUCUAAGAAAAAAAAGACCACGAAUUGCACCGUGCGGUAGCGCGCCGUAAUUAUCCUAUAGAGUACAUCUGUCGUGAGACGUCCGCGUCGCGCCAAACCAAGCCAAGCUCACUCUACUAUACAAACUCCAGCGGCGUUGCGUGCUUCGAGCAGCCAGCGGGUCGCAUAGGUUGACAACGAGAAAGUCCACGGCGUUCAUCCAUCGUCCUCCAUGGGGCCGCAGCACUUCCUCGUCGUCGCGUUCCCGGGCCAGGGCCACAUCAACCCGGCGCGCGCUCUGGCGGAACGGCUCUCGCGGGCCGCACCGGGCGCGCGGGUCACGCUCUCGGCCGCCGUGUCCGCGCACCGUCGCAUGUUUCCCUCGCUCGCGUCCCCCGACGACGAGGUCCACGACGGUGCUAUCUCCUACAUCCCGUACUCGGACGGCUUCGACCACGGCUUCAGCCUCUUUGCCGGCGACGGGGACGAAGUGAAGAGAUACGCGGAGGUGUUCGGCCGAGUAGGCCGCGAGACCUUCUCGGCGGUGGUGGACCGCCUCGCGGCGCGGGGCCGUCCCGUCACGUGCGUCGUGUACGCCAUGCUCAUGUGGUGGGCCGCCGAGGUCGCCCGUGAGCGCGGCGUGCCCCGGGCGCUCUACUGGAUCCAGCCGGCCACGAUGCUGGCCGUGUACUACCACUACUUCAAUGGGUACGAGAGGCUCGUGACGGAGCACGCUGCCGAGCCGGGGUUCACGCUGUCUAUGCCGGGCCUCCCACCGCUGGCGAUCCGUGACCUCCCGAGCUUCUUCACCAACUUUACAGACGGCAGGAUAGUCGCGGCGUUCGGGGACAUCCGCAGGACGUUCCAGCAGCUGGACCUGGACGUCGACGGUAGCAGCAGAACCGGAGGAAGGCAAGCCAUGGUGCUAGUGAAUACCGUCGAAGAAUUAGAGGCCGGUGCUCUCGCGUCUGUCCCUGAAUUGGACGUGUUCCCCGUCGGGCCAGCCGUGGUGUCGCUCUUCGCUGAGGGCGCCGGCGGCGCGAGUGGCACUGCCACCGCAGUAGGAGAUCUGUUUGAACACGACGAAAAGGCUUACAUGGAGUGGCUGGACACAAAGCCAGCACGGUCGGUGGUGUACGUGUCGUUCGGGAGCAUGUCGGCGGUGAGCAAGCGACAGAAGGACGAGUUGAAGCGGGGCCUCGCCGCGAGCGGCUGGCCGUACCUGUGGGUGGUGCGGAAGAACAACCGAGACGAUGGCUUCGACGAUGUCGGCGGCGUGCAGGGCAUGGUGGUUGGGUGGUGCGAUCAGGUGCAGGUGCUGUCGCAUCCGGCCGUCGGGUGCUUUGUGACGCACUGCGGCUGGAACUCGACGCUGGAGAGCGUGGCGUGCGGCGUAUCGGUGGUCGCCGUGCCGCAGUGGUCCGACCAGGACACGAACGCGCGCCUGGUCGUUCAGUGGGGCAUCGGCGUGCGCUCCACGACCGACGCUGAUAGGGUGCUGAAAGCAGAGGAGCUCGCGAGGUGCGUGGAGAUCAUCAUGGGUGACACGGAGGAGGGCGCAGCCAUACGGGCGAGCUCGGCUUCAUGGAAGGCGAAGUUGCAGGAAGCAAUCGCGGACGGAGGCUCAUCCGGUCGUAAUCUCAGGACUUUCCUCGACCAAUUUCCGAAUGAUGCUUAGAUGCAAUUAUGUUCUGCGUCCUCGGUUCUUAUAUAUCUAAACUGGUAUAAAUAAAGUGCAUUUCUUCCAUGCGUGGCUAACCCACACUUAGCGGAAUUGCUACCACAUGUGAAAACAUGGUUAAUAGUAUAACCAACUCCUGGCUACUCCAGUUAGCGGAGUAUGUUUUCAAGUAGAUGCAUCUAAGUAUGGCUGCAUA